UAAAAACUAUCCUUUCCAAGCAACUUCCUCUUCAGUGUACGUUUAUUUUGGGAAUUGACGUAUUAUAGUUAUUACAUUUUGGUCCUGUGCUGUUAGUACAGUACCGAUUAAUUUCUUCGAAAACUUGGACCAAGAUUGCUGGAAAAUACCCAGUGCACGGGUAGCCUGCUAAAAAAAAUGUCAAGUAUGGCAGCUGCAGCAUGCAACACCCAGAACCAGACUGCUGGGGUUACAGAAGAGAAGAAGCCUCUGAAACCUUGCUGUGCCUGUCCGGAGACCAAAAAAGCUAGAGAUGCCUGCAUUAUUGAAAAAGGUGAAGAAAACUGUGGAGACUUGAUUGAAGCUCACAAAGAGUGCAUGAGAGCAUUAGGAUUCAAAGUCUGAGACAAGCAGCCGCAGUGUUCGCGUGCUUGUGUGUAUGCUUUUUCCUGCUGGUCUGGAAUUUUAUCUUUUAAUUAAAUGGCGUGAAGAAAGGUUUGCUGAGUUACACCAGUCCAAAAAAAAAAUCCGUGUUCCACUAUCGGUCUUUGAUGGCAGUGUACCAUGUAUAUACUUGAGGACUUAAAUUGCACUGAUUUAAUACACCAUUGUAAUGUAAUGAAUGGAAAUGAGUAACAUUGAUGCAGCCAAAUACUUUACAUGGACUCUUUUGUAUCUGAUGCACUGCUGCUGCAUGUUCUGAAGCGCACUGGAAAACUGCAUUUUAAGCACCUUUUGGUUAUAUAUGUUUUGUAGCUGACAUUGCUCUUUUAAGGACUGCUACUUCUUUCAUUGAGAGUCUUGCUGUUCACUGUUUAAUAUAUUAUGAAUGUAUUUGAGGAGAAUUGAUAAAAGGCAAGUGAAGUUUGCGGCUAUUGCUUUCAGAUCAAGAUGUAUUACUUUUUAUUCAUGUUUGUUCAUUGGUUUAAAGUAAGCAUUCAGUAUCAUGUUACCAGUGUGCUAUUUGCUCCAGAAUUAUAACUUUAGCCUGUGACAUUUCUGCAUUACUUGACAGUACUACUCCUUUUGCACAGUAAAAUUCAUGUUGGUCUCCAAAUGACUGCCAUUACAUUUUAAAAGCUGCUUUAGAGAGCUUUAGUAGCUCAAUAAAUCACUGAAAAAAAAUAA